AUGGCUCGUAACAGUGAAAAGGCGCAGUCCAUGCUGUUCCGCUUCCGGGCGCAACAAGCAGCGGACAUGGGAAUUAUCGAUAUGGGACGAACCCGCCGACCAAAGGCUAUCAACAGCAUUGACAACGUCCCGACCUGUGAGCGCUGGCGCGGCCAGGUUCUGAAAGAAGUUUCCCGCAAAGUAUCCCGCAUUCAAGAGCAGACCCUUAGCGACUACCAAAUUCGUGAUUUGAACGAUGAGAUAAACAAGCUUAUGCGAGAGAAAUGGGCAUGGGAGAUGCAAAUUCGGAAUUUGGGUGGCCCGAACUACAUGCGUGGAACGGGGCGCGUGUAUGACGACGAAGGACGAGAAAUUCCUGGUGGUGGGAAGGGAUAUCGAUACUUUGGCCGGGCGAAGGAACUGCCUGGUGUGAAGGAAAUGUUUGAGGCCGCCACCCGCCGGGCAAAGGGGCCUGAAGAGGAAGAAGGUGCCGGUACUGGUCGUGGUGGAGAUAUUGCGACUAGGAAGGUUGAUGCCAACUACUUCGGUUAUGGGCUGGACGAAGAGGAUGGCACAUUGGUAGCCUAUGAGAAGCAGAAGGAGAAGGAGGCUAUGGAACACCUGCGUGGUCAGGGUGAUGACGAUGCCGAAGACGGCUGGGAAUCUUUACCGGGCGAUGCGGGCGAUGGCGUUGAAUGGCGACUACCAACACUGGAAGAAGUACAAGAGGAGUUGGUUGACCGACGGCGCAGACGACUAUUGGACAAGAUCUCUUGA